AUGGGUGGUAAGGGCAGCGGCGGAGGUAAGGGUGGAGAAGCUGGUGGGAAAGGAGGCGGAGGCGGUGGCGGUGGUGGGUCCUCAAAGGGUGGCGGAGGUGGUGGUGGCGGCAGCGGCAAGGGAGAUCCUGGAAUGAUGGUAGCCCCUGGGAGCGGCGGGGCCGCUCACAUUUCACGGGAUGCUUUUGAGAGCAACCCACAAGCAUAUAUUUCAGGCCUUCAUGAGAGCGAGAAGGGAAGGGCAGCUAAAUAAAUAUGACCCUAACCUUGCUUUAGAAAUGUCCCUGCCUACAAAGUAGG